AUGGGGCGCAAGGAGGAGGAUGGCAGCGGCUCCUGGAAGAAGCAGACCAGCAACAUCCGCAAAACCUUCAUCUUCAUGGAGGCCCUGGGAUCAGGAGCCUUCUCAGAAGUUUUCCUGGUGAAGCAGAAAAGCACUGGCAAGCUCUUUGCUCUGAAAUGCAUCAAGAAGUCUCCUCUCAACAGAGACAGCAGCUUGGAGAAUGAGAUAGCAGUGCUGAAAAAAAUAAAGCACGAAAACAUCGUGACUUUAGAGGAUAUUUAUGAGAGCACAACCCACUUCUACCUGGUGAUGCAGCUGGUGUCUGGGGGAGAGCUGUUUGACAGGAUCCUGGAGCGGGGCGUUUACACCGAGAAGGACGCGAGCCUGGUGAUCCACCAGGUGCUGACAGCCGUGAAAUACCUGCACGAGAACGGGAUCGUGCACCGGGACCUGAAGCCCGAGAACCUCCUGUACCUCACCCCCGAGGAGAACUCCAAAAUCAUGAUCACGGAUUUCGGCUUGUCGAAAAUGGAGCAGAACGGGAUCAUGUCAACAGCCUGUGGGACUCCAGGAUAUGUGGCCCCCGAAGUGCUGGCCCAGAAGCCCUACAGCAAAGCCGUGGACUGCUGGUCCAUCGGGGUCAUCACCUACAUCCUGCUCUGUGGGUACCCCCCCUUCUAUGAAGAGACUGAAUCCAAACUCUUUGAAAAGAUUAAGGAAGGCUACUACGAGUUCGAGUCUCCGUUCUGGGAUGAUAUCUCCGAGUCAGCCAAGGACUUCAUCCGGCAUUUACUGGAGAAGAACCCAAGCGCGAGGUUCACGUGUGAGGAGGCUCUGAGGCACCCGUGGAUUAAUGGAAAUACAGCCCUUCACCGUGACAUCUACCCAUCUGUCAGUGCUCAGAUCCAGAAAAACUUUGCAAAGAGCAAAUGGAGGCAAGCCUUCAACGCCGCGGCCGUCGUGCACCACAUGAAGAAGCUGCACAUGAGUGGCCAUGGGGCAGCCCAGGGCUCUGUCCCUGUCCCCGAGAGCUCAGAGCCCCCCAGGGCCAGCAGCCCCACGGGGACCCCCCUGCCAGCAGCGCCAGGAGAUGACAAGGACACGUGCGUGGGCCAUGAGAAGACAAAGGCGUCCUCCUGCUCCGAGACAGUGCUGCUCAAAAAGUCUUCAAAAUCCCAUCACUUCAAGUCAGAGGUUCUUGUUCCAAUGAAAACCAGCAAACACUCAUCUCACUGUGGAACUGGGCAAACUGGAGUUUGUUUGAUCAUGUGAUGGAGGCAGCCAUGUGGUCAGAGGUGAGUGCCCUGCAAUCCGAUCAUCAACUGCUCUUAAUUAAUCCAAUUAGGGCAGGCAAAAGGGAAAGGCACAAAUAGCACAGUGACAGUACAUGAAAUGAAUGAACCCAGGUCUUCUGCAGGAGAAAAACCCUUUCCCCAAACCACCUCUCCAGCUCCACGAGGUUGCCCAGGAACGUGAGAGAGGAAGCCAAG